AUGAUGACAAAAGCACUUGCUCUAUUCGAAGAUUUGGAUGUUCCCUUAAUUCCCUACUACGUUAGCAACGAGGAUGAAUAUGACCGGCUUGAAGGACAAGAACAUUGUACAUUACUGUUCUAUUAUGUUAUACUGACAAUCUCACCUAGUGGGUUGCAGAAUUUGUUGGGAACCAUAAGAUUCACAAGCAACAUGUCAUAUUGGAUCAAUAACGGUUUUCCAUUCGAGUUCCAGGAUCAAAUCGCCUUUUGGAUCGUAGGUGGGCAGAAUAUCCUUAUCAAUGGUGGUGGGACAAUAGAUGGUUCAGGUCAAGUCUGGUAUGACACGUUCGCCAAUAACAGCACUUUCUUGUGUCCGAUCCUGCUCACGAUUUACCAAGCUACUGAUGUUGCCAUCAAAAAUAUUACGAUGAUCAACAGCCCUGAGUGGUUUAACUUUAACCAAGUACUAUCUAUUCUCGCCUGGGCUUCAUGGUUCGCUCAUGCAGUCUUUGUCUUAGAUUCAACGAAUGUCAUUGCAUCAGACCUAUACUGUAACGGUUCCCAUGGUAUUUCCGUGGGAUCCCUCGGGCAGUAUGCUGGGGUAUAUGACAUUGUCGAAAACUUCACUUCGACCAAUGUCCAAAUGUAUAACGCUCAAAAUGGUGCGCACAUUAAAGCCUUUGCUUGUCCGGGGGUCGGUAGUGGCAUUGUGAAGAACAUUACUUUUAGCUUCUUCAUCGAGGGCAAUGUCGACAACCCCUUAAUCGUUGAUCAGAGAGCGCGUGUACAUCUUGAUUAUCAUACCAGUCAAUGGCUAGAGACCAUAUUGCUGACUUCUUUGACAUUCGGUGCUACGGCUGCCAACCGUGCUCAAGGAUCACAACGAAGUACGCUUCCUUUUCUUGCAUCGUUGAGAUCCAGUCUCUGA